AUGUCGAAAGAAACAGCGUCUAUGAGAGAAAUACAACACAACCGACAACUCAUUUUGCAAGCUCUAAAUAAGAACACAACAAACUUUUCAAACUAUUCUAAGAUAUCUGAGUCAUUGAAAGAAGGAAACUUAAAACUGACGAUAAACCCAAUGACAGAUGAGUUUCUGUUUCAAGACAGUAAGAACCAUACUGUUUGUAUAAAUCCAACAAAAGGAACUUUAAACGAGAAGCCUAUAUCUGAACUUCUUUUGAAAGCAGAUGUUGGCAACAAAGCUGACAAAGAAUAUGUCAUUGAAAAAGUUCAAGAAGAACAUGACAGAGCAGAUGCAACAUAUGCAACGAAAGCAGAUGUUGACAACAAAGCUGACAAAGAGUAUGUCAUUGAAAAAGUUCAAGAAGAACAUGACAGAGCAGAUGCAACAUAUGCAACAAAAGAACAUACUCAUCCUGAACUAGCGGACAAAACAUAUGUUGACAAUAAAAUGUCAAGUGAAGUGACAAGAGCUGAAAACGAAUAUUCUAAAAAGACUCAUACACAUACCAUUGCAAAUAUUACAAACUUACAAGAAACCUUAAACAGGAAAAGUGACGUUGGACAUACACAUACCAUUGCAAAUAUUACAAACUUACAAGAAACCUUAAACAGGAAAAGUGACGUUGGACAUACACAUACCAUUGCAAAUAUUACAAACUUACAAGAAACCUUAAACAGGAAAAGUGACGUUGGACAUACACAUACCAUUGCAAAUAUUACAAACUUACAAGAAACCUUAAACAGGAAAAGUGACGUUGGACAUACACAUACCAUUGCAAAUAUUACAAACUUACAAGAAACCUUAAACAGGAAAA